CACUUUCUUGAUCAUCAUGAUGAAAUGGAAAAACAACAGCCUACCUUAGAAACUUCAAGGCUCAUCUUACGUCCUAUACGUCAAGAUGAUGCUUUCCAUAUUCUAGCCCUAGGAGGAGAUCGUGAUGUUGCUUCCACAACACAACUUCCCCAUCCAUACACCGAAGGAAAUGCCAAGGAUUUUGUCGAAAAACAAGCAAAAGUGUACAGAGAUGGCGAAUGCGUAAACUUUGCAAUCUGUGCAAAAGACAAAAGAUUUGCAGAUGAAAUAGGCUGGGAACCAGGCCGGUUGAUGGGCGUCAUUGGGUUUUAUCUGAACCUUGCAAACAAUAGAGCUGAACUCGGUUAUUGGCUUGUAAAGCCAUUCUGGGGCAAAGGGAUCACGUUCGAGUCAGCAAAAGCUGUUGUAGAGUAUGGCUUUACAGAUGUGCAGCUGAACAGGAUAUAUGCCAAUCACGUUACCCGUAAUGUUGCAUCUGGUCAAAUAUUGAAAAAAUUGGGCAUGCGAUUCGAAGGGACAUCUCGUCAGCAUAUCUUCAGAUGGGAGCAUGCUGAAGAUUCGGAGAAUUAUGCCAUCUUGGCAAGUGAAUGGCAACAGAAUACAAUUCAAGCGAUGAAAAAGGCAUAAAGAGCGCUAAACAUGAGAGUUGUGCCGUAUAAAGCAGUACGGAAACGAUGUCUACUCAACCACUUUUGCAACAGAUCCUUCGCAUCUAACGUUUCCUCUGCUGUCAAGGACCCUAUC